AUGGACGUCUCCAUGGACAGAAAGGACAAUUGCAUCGACCCUGCUUACCUGGCUCACCGGAGUGGGGCGAAUAAGAGCCCGGAGGAUAGGAGGGUCGUGUAUGCGACAUAUAAUUGUAAGGCGGAAGGGGACUUGCACGAGGAGUAUUAUCGUGAUCGGGCCAAGGAAUGGCCAGCGACGCAUAUGAGAAAGGAGGGGGGGGAAUUAGGAGCGACGGUGGCUUUGAGGUAUGGGUUCGGGAGCCCGAUGUUGAGUGUUGCAAGUGGAAAGCAGUUGGAGGUUUGA